UAGAGCCUGCCUGGUCGGUUAGGACCUCGGAGAGCGCCAGGCGCCGCGACCAGAGGGAUUGGAGACGUGGCCGGAGCCCGGCCGGACCCACGCCUGUGAGCCCGCCUCCCUCCGCGUCCUAGGCUUCCCGGGCUGGCAGGCGGCGAGUGGCGUCUGAAGAAGGUGCCUAAGUCCUGGUGUGUAAAAUGAAGAAGUUUAAUUUCCGAAAAGUUUUGGAUGGCUUAACUGCCUCCUCCCCUGGCAGUGGUAGCAGCAGUGGCAGUAACAGUGGUGGUGGGGCUGGAAGUGGUUCCGUACAUCCAGCAGGGACUGCAGGGGUUCUCAGAGAGGAAAUUCAGGAAACCCUGACUUCGGAGUAUUUUCAGAUUUGCAAGACAGUUCGGCAUGGUUUUCCUCAUCAGCCCACAGCAUUAGCCUUUGAUCCAGUUCAGAAAAUCUUGGCUAUUGGGACAAGAACAGGUGCUAUACGAAUACUCGGGAGACCUGGUGUUGAUUGCUAUUGCCAACAUGAAAGUGGUGCAGCUGUCCUACAGCUCCAAUUUUUGAUCAAUGAGGGUGCGUUGGUCAGUGCAAGUUCAGAUGAUACACUUCAUUUGUGGAACCUUAGACAAAAAAAGCCAGCUAUUCUCCAUUCUCUUAAAUUUAACCGAGAAAGAAUUACUUACUGUCAUCUACCUUUCCAGAGUAAAUGGCUUUAUGUUGGAACAGAAAGAGGAAAUACACAUAUUGUAAAUAUUGAAUCUUUCAUUCUUUCUGGAUAUGUUAUCAUGUGGAACAAGGCAAUUGAAUUAUCCACCAAGACUCAUCCAGGCCCAGUUGUACAUUUAAGUGAUAGCCCAAGAGAUGAAGGGAAACUGCUAAUAGGUUAUGAAAAUGGUACUGUAGUAUUCUGGGACUUGAAAUCUAAAAGAGCAGAACUGAGAGUUUAUUAUGAUGAGGCUAUUCAUUCAAUUGAUUGGCAUCAUGAGGGCAAACAGUUCAUGUGCAGCCAUUCAGAUGGUAGUUUGACUUUAUGGAACCUGAAAAGCCCAAGUCGCCCUUUCCAGACCACAAUUCCACAUGGAAAAAGUCAAAGAGAAGGAAGAAAAUCUGAAUCUUGUAAACCAAUUCUUAAAGUAGAAUACAAGACCUGCAAAAACAGCGAACCAUUCAUAAUAUUCUCUGGUGGGCUGUCCUAUGACAAAGCUUGUAGAAGACCAAGUUUAACCAUCAUGCAUGGAAAAGCAAUUACAGUACUUGAAAUGGAUCAUCCUAUUGUUGAAUUUCUAACUUUAUGUGAAACACCUUAUCCAAAUGAAUUCCAAGAACCCUAUGCUGUGGUAGUACUUCUGGAGAAAGAUCUUAUUGUAGUUGAUCUGACACAAAGCAAUUUUCCAAUCUUUGAAAAUCCAUAUCCCAUGGACAUUCAUGAAUCACCAGUUACAUGUACAGCAUACUUUGCUGAUUGUCCUCCAGAUUUGAUUCUAGUACUGUAUUCUAUAGGAGUCAAGCAUAAAAAACAAGGAUACAGUAAUAAGGAGUGGCCAAUUAGUGGAGGAGCUUGGAACCUUGGAGCACAAACAUAUCCAGAAAUUAUUAUUACUGGUCAUGCAGAUGGAUCAAUAAAAUUUUGGGAUGCUUCUGCAAUAACUCUGCAGAUGCUGUACAAGCUAAAAACCUCAAAAGUGUUUGAAAAACAGAAGGUAGGGGAAGGAAAACAAACGUGUGAAAUUGUAGAGGAAGAUCCAUUUGCCAUUCAGAUGAUUUACUGGUGUCCAGAGAGCAGAAUAUUCUGUGUAUCAGGAGUCUCUGCAUAUGUCAUAAUUUAUAGAUUCAGCAGAUACGAAAUUACAACAGAAAUAGUGUCAUUAGAGGUACGACUUCAGUAUGAUGUUGAAGAUAUUAUUACCCCCGAACCAGAAACAAGUCCUCCAUUUCCAGAUCUCUCAGCCCAGCUUCCUUCUUCAAGGAGUCUUUCCGGGAGCACUAACACUGUUGCUAGUGAAGGAGUAACAAAGGACAGUAUCCCAUGUCUCAAUGUUAAGACACGGCCAGUGCGGAUGCCUCCAGGAUAUCAAGCAGAACUUGUUAUUCAAUUGGUAUGGGUAGACGGUGAACCUCCACAACAGAUUACUAGUCUUGCUGUAAGCUCAGCAUAUGGAAUAGUUGCAUUUGGAAACUGCAAUGGGUUGGCUGUCGUGGAUUUUAUACAGAAGACAGUACUAUUAAGCAUGGGGACUAUUGACCUAUAUAGAUCAAGUGACCUAUACCAGCGACAACCACGGUCUCCUCGAAAAAACAAACAGUUCAUUGCAGACAACUUUUGCAUGCGUGGCCUGUCUAACUUUUAUCCUGAUUUAACGAAACGGAUCCGUACUUCCUAUCAGAGUUUAACUGAACUGAAUGACAGUCCAGUUCCCCUAGAACUUGAGCGCUGCAAGUCUCCUACCUCAGACCAUGUAAAUGGACAUUGCACAAGUCCAACUUCCCAGAGUUGCAGUUCUGGAAAACGUCUUUCUAGUGCCGAUGUUUCAAAAGUAAAUCGCUGGGGUCCUGGAAGACCACCAUUUCGAAAGGCCCAGUCAGCAGCUUGCAUGGAGAUUUCUUUACCAGUUACAACAGAAGAAAACCGAGAAAAUUCCUAUAAUCGUUCUAGAAGCUCUAGCAUCUCCAGUAUUGACAAAGAUUCUAAAGAAGCAAUUACAGCACUAUACUUCAUGGAAUCAUUUGCACGGAAAAAUGACUCUACCAUCUCUCCUUGUCUGUUUGUUGGAACCAGUUUGGGAAUGGUGUUAAUUAUCUCUCUCAACCUACCAUUAGCAGAUGAACAAAGGUUUACAGAGCCGGUUGUGGUAUUGCCAAGUGGUACAUUCCUCUCAUUGAAAGGAGCUGUGCUAACAUUCUCCUGUAUGGACCGAACUGGUGGAUUAAUACAACCUCCAUAUGAAGUUUGGAGGGAUCCAAACAACAUAGAUGAAAAUGAAAAAUCUUGGAGAAGGAAAGUGGUAAUGAACUCAUCGUCUGCAUCCCAAGAAAUAGGAGAUCAUCAAUAUACAAUAAUCUGCUCAGAAAAACAAGCCAAAGUCUUCUCGCUGCCUUCUCAGACUUGCCUUUAUGUUCAUAACAUCACGGAGACAUCUUUUAUACUGCAAGCAAACGUGGUGGUCAUGUGUAACAGUGCCUGCUUAGCCUGCUUUUGUGCUAAUGGACAUAUCAUGAUAAUGAGCCUACCUAGUCUUCGCCCAAUGUUGGAUGUUAAUUAUUUGCCACUGACAGAUAUGAGGAUAGCACGUACAUUUUGUUUUACCAAUGAAGGACAGGCAUUAUAUCUCGUCUCUCCUACUGAAAUUCAGCGGUUAACAUACAGCCAAGAAAUGUGUGAUAAUCUACAGGACAUGCUAGGAGAUUUGUUUACUCCCAUAGAGACACCAGAAGCUCAGAACAGAGGCUUUCUCAAGGGACUGUUUGGAGGAAGUGGACAAACAUUUGACAGAGAAGAGCUCUUUGGGGAAGCUUCAGCAGGAAAAGCAUCCCGCAGCCUUGCGCAACACAUUCCUGGACCAGGUAGUAUAGAAGGGAUGAAAGGUGCUGCCGGAGGGGUGAUGGGAGAGCUGACCCGUGCACGGAUUGCACUUGAUGAAAGAGGACAGAGGCUAGGAGAGCUGGAAGAGAAAACUGCAGGCAUGAUGACCAGUGCAGAAGCAUUUUCCAAACAUGCACAUGAGUUAAUGCUGAAAUACAAGGAUAAGAAAUGGUACCAAUUCUAAACUUCUAAAGAAGCUGUGACUGCUUUGAGAAACCAUAUUCAGGGAAACCAAAUUUAUUCCCAGCAUCACUAUUCAACUGCUAGAAGCCAGUUUCUUCUACAAAAUGUUCCAUUUACAGUCAAUCUGAAAUUAUGUUAAAGGAGAUGUAUCAGAGACACUAUACAACCCAAAGGCUGGAGCCCUGGUUAAAAUCCCAAGAUAUGGCUGAUUUUGCCUUUUCCCAUGUGGAAUGGAGCUAUCGUCUUGGCAUGUCAUUCGAUAAGGAUUUAUAUUUAGGAACUAAGGGGAGUCCUCUUGAUUUAAAAAUUCCUGUACAAACAAAAGCAUUAAUGCACUUAAUGAAAAAAAUCUUUGCAUGAUAAAUUAACAUCUUAAGAGGAAAAGAAAAAAAAGCAUGUUGUGACAGAAGAAAAAAAAGAUUCACUGUAAACUAUUUCUAUUAAUUGGGCCACACUCAACAAUUUUAAAAAUCUGCAUUUGAAGAUAUCAGUGCAUUUCAAAUAUAUUUGCCAUACCCAACUGAAAAGGAAAACAAAACAAAACAAGAACCCAGAGUUUUCUCAUCUGUAACUUUCAUUGUACUAGAACAUUAUUGAAUUCUUAUGGCAAGAGUCUGAUUAAUGUUCUCUCUCCAUGUUUUACAUCAUUCAGAGUUCUCAGUCAUAAUCAAAUAUUGCCAGCCAGUAUAGUAAGUUAUUUCCAACACAAUUAUUUUCAUUUCUAUCACCUUCAGAAUGGGUUGCUGUUUUUAGCACAAACCAUGAAAGGUUGGGUCACUUGAAAGCAUUUUCUUUAGCCUGGCUUGUAUUCUAUAGGGAAGUUGGUAGUAGGUUUGGGGAAAUUAUAGGAAUAAUAGAGUUAGCUAUGAGAACUGACUUCACAAAAAGUGAAAUUUCACAUAUCCCAAUUUCAGUUUCUAAAGUGAUAUAUUUUUAAAGCUUAAAUUGUAUCCUUGUCUGCCAGUUACACAGUAUAUUACUGUUGAAACCCGGUAAGGUCUGUAACCUGAAAGUGUUCUUGCAGCCUGACAUUCACAAACCAAACUGGUCAUUCUCUUUAUUGUGAUUCAGUAAAACCUCAGUUAAUGUUUUGAGAAAGGGAUUCUGAUUUAUGACAUUUCUGAUUUACAAGGGCUUUCAUUAGAAAAUACCUUUCGGUUCAAUACCUACCCCUGGAUAUUUUUAUAAAAUACGGUGAUGUGUUUGCUAUCUUGGCCUCACUCAUCAUUACAGACAACAGAAAUACAUAAAGAGUUUAAUGAUAUAAAAUCAAUUAUUUUGUCACUAGGUCAAAUAAUAUAAGCCACAAGAUUAUGUCAAUAGGUGCCAAACACCUGUCCCUUGUUAAAAACUCUUUUAAAGCUGGAAUAAAGAAUAUCCUUAACAUGAUACAAGGUAUCUAUCUUAACUCACCAGAAAAGCACUAGAGUCAAAACAAAAUAAAGGCAUCUACUACCAUUUAGCAUGAUUCUGGAAAUUAAAAGUUAUAGGAAUGUAUAUAUACAUAUUCAGGACUCAUCCUGUAAUAUGUUAUUCCUUCAAAAAAUGUUUAAUUAUGGUUUUGGCUUAUUGAAUUUUUGUUAAUCAAGGUCUUAUUGGAUUUACAUUUAUGUUUCUGAAGACCACCAUUUUCCUGGAUUUCAGGUUAUUUUAAUAGCCAAAAGUGGUAUUUUUAUUUCCUUUUUAGUCUAAUUUUUUGCUAGAAACAUUACUUUCUAGCAAGUGUUUCUAGUAGUACAAUGUUCUCAGUAAUUUUGGGAAGAAAAAAGAUGAGUGAAAGAGUUAUAUAAUGUACACUAGGAUAGCAUUUCUCAGAGUCUAUGAAUCCACUUGUUAAAAAAGCCUCUCUGUGAAUCUCCCAGUCUCCUGAGAGAUUAGACAGAUUAAGCUUUAUUGUUCAGCUUUACAGUCACAGAAUCUGGCUUGGAAACACAAACAUUACAUGACUGUAUCAUUUAUAAAAUUAUAAAAUUAUAUGGUAGAAAUAUUAAAGAAACUUAAGAGUGGGGUCUAGAAAAUGCUGGUGGCCAAAAUGUAUAUAUUAUUUGUACCAUCAGUUUCAAGGACUUAGUUUUCUGAUUUUUAGAAGAAAUACUUUACCAUUUCUGUAUUUAAAAAAAAAAGGAGUAAAAUAUUCAUUUGUUUUAGAAAUAAUGAAACUCAGUCCAAAGUAGCAUUACAUUUGAUGAGUAUCUCUGAAGCCCUCAAUAAGAUUUAACUUGUUUGAACUUGUUCUACAUUGAGAUUUCUCAAUAGCGGCACUAUUAGCAGAAAGUCUUUGUUGUGGGAAACUGUCCUGUGUAUUGCAGGAUAUUAAUGAUAUCCCUGGCCUCUGUCUACUAGUUGCCAGUAGGAACUUCUUAGUAAUGACAAUCAAAAUGUCUCCAGCCAUUGCCAAAAUUUAUCCCAGUUUACAGCCACUAUUCUACAUCAUAUAAAGAGAUAGAUUGUGUGAAUAUGUAAUAAAUGUUGUUGUAUAAAACUGUACAAUAAGUAUACAAUGUCUUAGCAGGAUAAAUUAUUAUACCCAAAAUUACACGUGUGGUUCAUAUGCAAUAAAAUAGAAUUUUGAAGAAAGCUUAUAUGAAUCAGUGAAAAAUAACAACUACAGAAUAUUUUAAGGCACACAGAGAAAAUAUCAAAAAAGACAUUAUAGCAUUUCACAGUAGAAAUGCCUAAAACUUUGGCUUCAGUGAAUAGAUCAAAAGUUUUUAAUUAGCAUGCCAAUUGGAAGUAAACAGGUGCUUCUAAAAUGCUUGAAAAGAAAAGGUUCUUUGAAGUCGUUUGAACGUGUCUUUCAAAAUUGUUUUUAUAAGCCCUUCCUUAACAUUAAGGGUAACUUCAUCUCACAAACUCCUGGUUAUUGGAAUCCAAAUUAAUGAGGUUUUACUGUAUCAAAAAUAUUUUUAUAAUUCAAAGAGAUAGCAAUAACAAGAAUGUAAUGUGGAUGUGAUUUUUCUCUUUGAACAUUUCUGUUCUGUUGCACUGAUCUUAGCAUGCAUACACCCACAUACACACACACACACACACCCCAUCACGAUUACCAUCACU